AUGGCCCUCCGGAGUGCGCAAGGCGACGGCCCCACCUCCAGCCGCUGGGACGGCGGCGCCGAGAAGACAGACUUCACCGCCAAAAGGAAAAAGAAAGUGGCAGAGAUUUACCAGGCUCUGAACAGUGAUCCCACUGAUGUGGCUGCCCUUAGACGCAUGGCUAUCAGUGAAGGAGGGCUCCUGACUGAUGAGAUCAGGCAGAAAGUGUGGCCCAAGCUCCUCAAUGUCAAUACCAAUGACCCACCUCCUAUAUCAGGGAAGGACCUGCGGCAGGUGAGCAAGGACUACCAGCAAGUGCUGCUGGACGUCCGCCGGUCCUUACGGCGCUUCCCGCCCGGCAUGCCAGAGGAACAGAGGGAGGGGCUGCAGGAGGAGCUGAUCGACAUCAUCCUGCUCAUCUUGGAGCGCAACCCCCAGCUGCACUACUAUCAGGGCUACCAUGACAUCGUGGUCACGUUUCUGCUGGUGGUCGGCGAGGGGCUGGCGACAUCUCUGGUAGAAAAAUUGUCCACCCACCACCUCAGGGAUUUCAUGGACCCCACAAUGGACAACACCAAGCACAUAUUAAACUGUCUGAUGCCCAUCAUCGACCAGGUGAAUCCAGAGCUUCACGACUUCAUGCAGAGUGCCGAGGUGGGAACCAUCUUUGCCCUCAGCUGGCUCAUCACCUGGUUUGGGCAUGUCCUGUCUGACUUCAGGCACGUUGUGCGGUUAUACGACUUCUUCCUCGCCUGCCACCCGCUGAUGCCCAUUUACUUUGCAGCCGUGAUUGUGUUGCAUCGAGAGCAGGAGGUCCUGGAUUGCGACUGCGACAUGGCCUCGGUCCACCACCUGUUGUCCCAGAUCCCUCAGGACCUGCCCUACGAGACACUGAUCAGUAGAGCCGGAGACCUGUUCGUUCAGUUUCCCCCGUCCAAGCUGGCUCUGGAUGCAGCUGCCCAGCAGCAGGCCGAGAAGACGGCAGCCUCUACCUUCAAAGACUUCGAGCUGGCGUCGGCCCAGCAGAGGCCUGACACGGUGCUGCGGCAGCGGUUUCGGGGCCUUCUGCGGCCUGAGGAGCGAACGAAAGACGUCCUGACCAAACCAAGGACCAACCACUUUGUGAAACUGGCGGUGAUGGGGCUGACGGUGGCGCUCGGAGCGGCCGCCCUGGCCGUAGUGAAGAGCGCCCUGGAGUGGGCCCCGAAGUUUCAACUGCAGCUCUUCCCCUAGACGCCAGAGAGGACGCUUCCUCUUCCGUGACAU